CGCCCUCAGUUUACUAGAUACAAUCGGCAAUACCGGGUCAAGACACGGGGGUCGCCGGUUGCGAAUUUUCCGCUGUUUUUCCCUGCACGCGCGCGCACGUACUUCAAGACCAAGUCAGCAUUUUUUUCCUCUAGUCGGUCCGGUCGUGUGACACGAGAGAGAGAGAGAGAGAGAGAGAGAGAGAGAGAGAGAAAGAAAUUGAUUAGGAUUUCAUUACCGUCGAAUCAUCGUGAUUCAGUUGCGCUGGGUACCGGGUGCUAGACAACCCGAGUUAAUCGGUGAUUUUGAAACUGUUAUACAUACUCCAGCUGAACUUGGACCGCCGCGACAACGAAUCGGUGUCGAUAAGUGCGUGAUUGUUUGCUAAACACAUAUUGAAGACGCUGUGCGCCGGUGAUAAGGAGGCAAUCUUUCGGAAACUGAUAAGCAAAUCUGGGGCUGUGUUCCACUCUCUGAUCGCGACUAAGCUUGACGUUCUGGCCUUCGAUUCGGCAGCGAGAGAGUUCAGUUAGGCUGCAUUACUUGACCGAAUUAGUCCAAAUUAUCCGACGGUUGAAGAAAGUGAUUUGAUCGAGUUUGCCCGAAUCUAGUGUGAAAGUGUAGUAGGCGUUGCUGAUUGUUAUAGCCGUCAAAAUGCCCCAAGAAAACCCAAAUGCCGGUGUGAAAAUCUACAACCUGAUCAUACUGAUCGUCGACAUCCUGACGAUGGUGGUUCGGUGGAUCUACUACACCCUGGAAGCCUUCUAUCUGCUAGUCGUGCCGCCAAAGGAAGAAGAUGUCAGCAAAGACAUCGUACUGAUCACCGGCGCAGGUCACGGAAUCGGCCGGUCUUUGGCCCAGCAGUAUGCACAGCUGGGAGCGACCGUGGUCUGUCUGGAUAUCAACGAUAAGAUGAACAACGAAACCGUUGCCAGUAUCAAGCAGCAGCGAGGAAAUGCUUUCGGAUAUGUCUGCGAUGUCACCAACCGGGAACAGAUCAUUGAAACCGCCAAGGUCAUCAAGGAGCAAGUCGGUAUUGUAACCAUUUUGGUGAACAACGCUGGAAUCAUGCCAACACAUCCAAUUCUGCAGCAAACAGAAGGGGAAAUUCGAAAGACGAUGGAUAUCAAUGUUAUGGCACAUUUCUGGAUGCUUCAAACAUAUCUGCCCGAUAUGAUGCAGAAGAAUCGCGGUUCAAUCGUAGCUCUAUCCUCGGUAGCGGGUCUACUGGGGUUGAACAAUCUGGUACCGUACUGUGCCAGCAAAUACGCCGUACGUGGAAUUAUGGAAGCACUGUCCGAAGAGCUGCGCUGCAGUGCUCGAUCACCGAACAUUCGGUUCACUAGCGUCUAUCCGUACAUGGUCGAUACCGGGCUGUGCAAGAAACCGCACAUGCGUUUCCCGAACCUGAUGAACCUGGUCAAGCCGGAAGAAGCCGCAGCAGCAAUCAUUGACGCCCAACGACGAGGACUGGUCGAGGUGACCAUCCCGAAGUAUCUGCUGUAUUUGAAUGCAUUCGUACGGGUGUUCCCGAUAAAAGCUUCCAAUCUGUUGAGGGAUUUUCUGGAUAGCGGUGUGGAGUCGGAUCUCUGAAUAGCAGACGGUGUAGGGCGUAGCGUUUUCAUAACAAAUCUUUAAACAUAUAUAGAUAUCGAAACAGUUCAGUGCAGUUGUAAGUUGUUUGGUUUUAACUUAGUUUUUUGUUGGAAAUGAAUACCAAUGUUCACGCAGCAGCCGUUCAGUGUGAACGAUUUACCCCGUGAGAAGGGUACACACCCUAAGCACAAAGAUAUGUUUAAUAUACUUUUACUGUAUUUAAAAAAUAUCUUUUACAUUAUUGUUAAGUGUAAUAGUGAUUAAAGAAAUACAUGGAACAAUUCAUCGGUCGA